UGACGUUUCCACACGUUUUCCCGCGCAAUUUCGGGUAAACCAACCAGGUACUCAUCAACAAACUAUUUACAUCGUAGCAAUAAAUGUUUAGUUACUUUUUACAUGUUUCUACUCUAAUUUUUUUAUAAUAAACAUUAAAAUGAAGUGCACAAUACCCGAAAUAUCAUGGCAUAACAAAGAACCGGUCCUUAGCGUCGAUAUUUACCCGGAUACCGGAGAUUUUUAUAGGUUAGCAUCAGGCGGAGGCGAUUGUCAUGUUUUGAUAUGGCAGCUCACUAUAGCGGAAAACGGUGCCGUUAAUCAAGAACUUAUAUCAGAUCUAACAAGACAUCAAAGAGCUGUAAACUGUGUCCGAUGGUCUCCUUCAGGGAAGUAUUUAGCAUCUGGUGACGACGAUGCAAACAUUAUUAUAUGGCAUCUAAAGACUGACAAUAUUCCUUUGCUGGAAGGCGAUACAGGUGAUAAAGAGAUUUGGUUGGUUCAUAAAAUACUUAGGGGACACAAGGAGGAUGUAUAUGACAUUUGUUGGUCAAUAGAUGAAUCUAAAAUUCUUUCAGGCAGUGUGGAUAAUACUGCCAUAUUAUGGGACACAAAUAAAGGGAAAAUUGAUCAUAUUUUAAGUGAUCAUAAAGGAUUUGUUCAGGGAGUAGCUUGGGAUCCUAAAAAUAGACUUAUAUCUACUAUAAGCACGGAUAGGGUGUGCCGAAUAUUUGACCCACUAGGCAAACAAGUUAAAGCUCGGAUACAAAAAGGGAAAAUCACUUCAGUUCCAGACUCACAUUUCCUAAAAGAUAAAGACUGUAAGUAUUUCCAUGAUGACACAUUUAAGUCAUUCUUUAGAAGGUUGCAAUUCUCCCCUGACGGUUCGCUGCUUAUAGUGCCAUCUGGGCAACUUGAAACUGAUAAUUGCAAGAAUAAUAUUAAUGCCACAUUGGUGUUUACUAUGGAUAAUUUUUACUGCCCAUCAAUAAUCCUUCCAAUUCCGAAACAAAGCAGCACAGUAGUGAGAUGUUGCCCCAUUUUAUAUGAACUAAGGGAGCAAGGCCCCGAUCCCAUAAUUAAACUACCAUACAGGAUGGUAUUUGCCGUUGGUACAGAUCAUGACAUUAUCCUGUAUGACACCCAACAGACUUUGCCAUUUGCCAGAUUUCAAGAUAUUCACUAUACAAGACUAACGGACUUAACGUGGUCCCAGGACGGUCUGUUACUUAUCGCCUCGUCAACGGACGGCUUCUGUAGCUUAAUAACUUUCGAAUUACAUGAAUUGGGCGUUCCCUGGAUAGAAACCGAAAAUGAACUGGCGGAGUUUUCGUUGAAUAUCAGCGGAUGCGAGGAGCUCGAUAAAGAUGAAAAUGUCGAUAUGAUGAAUAGCAGUAAAAGUGUUAAAAAGGAAGAACCGAUCGCCGUUAAGGAGGAACCAAAAAAGAGGCAGAGUUUCUUAGUGCAAUGGGCCCUUAAUACUCCGAAAAAGAAGAAAAUCGAGGAUAAGAAGGAGAUUUCGGAGAGUAGCACCGCGAAUGACAAUGUGAUUGAAAUUUUGGAUUCACCAGAGAAAAAAGUAGAGAAGAUGGAGGAUAAGGAUGAUGUUGCUGUUGUGAAGACUCCAAGAAAAAUUAAACCUAUUAGGGUUGGAGAUGUUACUAAGUCAAAACCAGCUAGUACUACAACAAAACCAGAAAGUAUGACACAGCAGAAAAUCAACAUUCUAAUUCCAAAAAGGAUCCCAAAACCGGAAAACAACACUCAAGAAAGUCAGCCAGUUAAUGUUUCCAUCCAUAAAAGGAUCACACCAAUAACCUUGGCAUCCCCUAAGUCUAAAAGAACAUUAAAAGAACCGGAUGAAGUUUAGCUAGAUCUUCUUUUGUGAUAAUCGAAAUUCCGACUACGAAUAAAUUUUACGGAUUGGUUGAAAAAACAUGAGCCAAACUGAAGAAAAGCUGUAAGGAAGUCAGGACGUGAAAGAUCUUUUUAUAUAAUUGUUGGAUAUCGGCAGUUUUAUUAAUAAUACUUGUGUGUACUGUUGUUACUAUGUAAAUAUUUAUUUUAUUAUUAAAGAGGAAUAGUCGCUUU